CCAAGAAAAACCACCAACACAAGCAAAACUUAAUCGUUGUGUUAUUGCGUCUCGGUGCAAUCUCUGUCUUGCAGAGUUAAGCGUGCUGCGACUGAAUAAAAUAGUCCCAAAACAAUCAAUCUUUAUGUGCAAAUACAUACAUACAUAUUUGAAUCCCAUUGCCAACGAUUGUUCCCGAAUGAACCAAACCAGACUAGUUCGCUCGCUCACAGUUUAUCUCCGACCCAAACAACACGUGCAACGGUCUGCGCUUUGGGUUUUUAUUAUUUUUGAUUAAUAUUCUGAAAGAAACAAGCAAAAUGCUGGAGGAAAUGAAAACGAAUCCUGUGCUGACAAAUUCCCGGCCAGAAUUCAAAGCGAUACCCAAACAGCUGAACAAGCACUUGGCGAACCUUGGAGCCCCACAUGUGGACUCGUUCGAUGAGAUGCUGACAGUGGGUCUGGACUUUCUGGCCAAGCACAUGCCGCCCGUCCAGAUGCAGAGCCCGGCCGGAGAGCGCAUCUCGCUGAAGGUGGAGAACAUUUGGAUAUCAAAGCCACAGGUGCCGGCGGAUGUGAUUGACGUGCGAACACGUGAAAUUUAUCCCACAGACUCGCGCCAGCUGCACGCCUCCUACUCGGGCCAAUGCUCGGUGCGACUGGGAUGGAGUGUCAAUGGUCUGCAAAAGACGCCCAUCAACAUGGAUCUGGGCGAGGUGCCGGUGAUGCUGCGUUCAAAGGCCUGCAACCUGGGCAAGGGCUCGCCGGAGGAGAUGGUAAAGCACGGCGAACACGACACCGAGUGGGGUGGGAUCUUUGUGAUACGUGGAAACGAGAAGAUUGUCCGAAUGCUGGUGCUCGUCAGGCGGAAUCACCCCAUCUGCGUGAAGCGUUCAACCUGGAAGGAUCGUGGCCAGAACUUCAGUGAAUUGGGCAUAAUGGUGCAGACGGUGCGUGACGAUGAGAGCUCCUUCAGCAACGUUCUCCACUACCUCAACAAUGGCACGGCCCGCUUCAUGUUCUCGCACGUUAAGCGGCUGUCCUACGUCCCCGUUUGCCUCAUCCUCAAGUGCUUGAUGGACUACACGGACGAGGAGAUCUACAAGAGGCUGGUGCAGGGCUACGAGGACGAUCAGUACUACGUGUCCUCUGUCCAAACCAUGCUCAGGGAAGUCCAGAACGAAGGUGUCUUCACCCACGCCCAGUGCAGGUCCUUCAUUGGCACACUCUUCCGCUCCCGCUUCAACGUUGUGCCCGAGUGGCAGCCCGACGAGGACGUCACCGACUUUAUUCUGCGGGAACGCAUCUUGGUCCACCUGGACACCUACGAGGAGAAGUUCCAGCUGAUUGUGUUCAUGGUGCAGAAGCUCUUCCAGUGCGCCCAGGGCAAGCACAAGGUGGAGAACGUUGACUCGGCCAUGAUGCAGGAGGUGCUGCUCCCCGGGCAUCUGUACCAGAAGUAUCUGGGCGAGCGUAUCGAGAACUGGGUCUCCAUGGUGCGCCGCGUGCUCCAGAAGAAGCUCACCACGCCGGACAGCCUCCUCAGCAGCAGCAUUCUGACACAGUCCAUGCGCCAGGCUGGCGGCGUAGGCAAAUCCAUUGAAUCCUUCCUGGCCACCGGCAACAUAGCGAGCAACACGGGCCUCGGCCUCAUGCAGAACAGCGGCCUGGUCAUCAUGGCCGAGAACAUCAAUCGCAUGCGCUACAUGUCCCACUUCCGGGCCAUCCAUCGUGGCUCCUACUUCACCACGAUGCGCACCACAGAGGCCCGCCAACUGCUGCCCGAUGCCUGGGGCUUCAUCUGUCCCGUGCACACGCCCGAUGGAACGCCCUGCGGUCUGCUCAAUCACUUGACGCUGACCUGUGAGAUAUCCAAGCGACCAGAUCCCAAGCUGGUGCAGGCCAUUCCUACGAAGCUGAUAGAAAUGGGAAUGCUGCCGCUGUCUAACCAAAGGAAUCCCGAUGCCAAGCUGUACGUGGUGCUCCUGGAUGGCAAGCAUCUGGGCCACAUAUUCCAGUCCGAUGCCUGCAAGAUAGUCGAGGAUCUGCGCUACGAAAAGAUAACCGGCUCGGUGCCGCAGAUGAUGGAAAUUGGCUUUAUUCCGUACAAGAAGAACGGCCAGUUUCCCGGCCUCUAUCUGUCCACGGGUCCCGCACGCAUGAUGCGUCCCGUGUGGAACAUGAAGUGGAAACAAGUCGAGUAUAUCGGCACCCUGGAGCAGCUGUACAUGGAGAUAGCCAUCGACCCGAAGGAGAUCUAUCCCGACUUCACCACCCACCUGGAGCUGGCGAAGACGCACUUCAUGAGCAACCUGGCGAACCUCAUUCCCAUGCCGGACUACAACCAGUCGCCCCGUAACAUGUACCAGUGUCAGAUGGGCAAGCAGACGAUGGGCACGCCCUGCCUGAACUGGCCCAAGCAGGCGGCCAAUAAGCUGUACCGCCUGCAGACACCCGGCACGCCGCUCUUCCGGCCCGUGCACUACGACAACAUUCAGCUGGACGACUUUGCCAUGGGCACCAAUGCCAUUGUGGCGGUCAUCUCCUACACCGGCUACGACAUGGAGGAUGCCAUGAUCAUCAACAAGUGCGCCUACGAGCGGGGCUUUGCCUACGGCAGCAUCUACAAGUCCAAGUUCGUGCAGCUGCCGAAGAAGAGCAGCUACUUUGCCCGUCAUCCGCACAUGCCGGAGCUGGCCAAGUACCUGGACACGGACGGACUGCCGCAUCCCGGCGCCAAGCUCACCUUCGGCUGCCCCCUGUACUGUUACUUUGACGGCGAGGUGGCCACCUACAAGGUGGAGAAGAUGGACGAGAAGGAGGAAUGUUUUGUGGACAGCAUCCGGCAGUUGGGCAGCUUCGAGCUCGCGCCCAAGAAGAACGUGUGCAUUACGCUGAGGGUGCCACGUCCGGCCACAAUUGGCGACAAGUUUGCCUCGCGGGCUGGACAGAAGGGCAUCUGCUCGCAGAAGUAUCCCGCCGAGGAUCUGCCCUUCACGGAAUCGGGCAUGAUACCCGACAUUGUGUUCAAUCCCCACGGCUUCCCCUCCCGUAUGACAAUCGCCAUGAUGAUCGAGACGAUGGCCGGCAAGAGCGCGGCCGUCCAUGGCGACGUCUACGAUGCCACGCCCUUCCGCUUCUCGGAGAAGAACACGGCCAUCGAUUACUUUGGCAAGAUGCUGGAGAGCGGCGGCUACAACUACUAUGGCACGGAGCGCCUGUACUCGGGCGUGGACGGGCGCGAGAUGACGGCGGACAUCUUCUUUGGCGUGGUGCACUAUCAGCGGCUGCGGCACAUGGUCUUUGACAAGUGGCAAGUGCGCUCCACGGGCACCGUCGAGGCCCGAACCCAGCAGCCCAUCAAGGGACGCAAGCGAGGCGGUGGUGUGCGUUUCGGAGAGAUGGAGCGCGACGCUCUGAUAUCCCAUGGAGCCGCCUUCCUGCUGCAGGAUCGGCUCUUCCACAACUCGGACAAGACGCACACGCUGGUGUGCCACAAGUGCGGCUCCAUUCUGUCGCCACUGCAGCAAAUUGUGAAGCGGAAUGAGCGCGGGGGUCUGUCCUCCAAGCCGCAGACGUGUCGCCUGUGCGGGGACAGCAGUUCGGUGUCCAUGAUCGAAAUUCCCUUCUCCUUCAAGUUCCUGGUCACCGAGCUGAGUUCGGUGAACAUCAAUGCGAGAUUCAAGCUAAACAUGAUAUGAGACGCGCGCCCAACAUAUUGUUACAGCUAGACUUUAGAUCAUAUGUAUCCCGUUUUUAAUACGUAAUACUUAUCUCCCCCAUUAAAGUUGACAAGAAAUCAACCAAUCAAAAGUUGUUUGCUGAUUAACUAAUUAUUCGGAUAUUAAAUCUGCUCUAAAUGGAUCGUAUUUAAUGCUCAAAAUUUGUGGGGAUUUCUAGGGGUCUAUUGCAAAAAUAUGAACAAUCCAUUUUAGAUAAUGUCAGAUA